UGCUGUGCAGUGAACAAUUGCAAUCUUCUGUUUUUCAUAGAUAGGAAGACCUAUCACAUACAAUGCUCCAGUUUAAAAGUACAUACAAGGAAGAGGGGAAAGAGGAUCUUCCUUUGCAGACCUUAUUUAUGGAAAGCCUUGUUGAUGGUAUUUCAGAAUUGGGAGGACAAAAAGAAAAAAAUCUGUGCUUCCAUGGAAACUGAACAGUUAAUAAUUACUUGUUACUUUUCCUACCCUUUAGAUGCAUUUAAGGCAUCCAGACCCUGACGAACAGCAGCAUUAGGCACUGAUUAACAUACGGUAAACUUGAGGGUGAAUGUAAAAAAACCAAACAAAAUUUUAAAAAAAAACAACCCUCAGGAGUGGAAGGUGUACCUUAAAAAGAAAACAAAAGAGCAGAGAUCAGGCAACGGGUUUCAUUCCUGCUUUUGCUUUCAUUGCUGUGCCUAAAUGCACGUUCAAGAUCCCAGGUCAGGGAAAAGCUGUACCCCUUUGGAGAGACGUAAGGGGACCCCUUUGGAGCCAAGUAACUGCGUCUCUUCUGCACUGGGAGUCCUUUGCACCCCAGUCCUCAUUGGCAGGGUUUGUAACCAGCAAGAGACUAAUGGAUGGCUUCCCUGCCUCGUAAAAGGAACAAACACGUAGUGCUUAUCUUCCCAAUCCACGCUUCACGUAGUGAGCAGCAUGCAGAUGGAUGACUGGGUAUCUAAUACCUGUGCUCAGAAGCCAUGAAUUCCAGAAAAUGGCUCUCAGAAACACGGAGAACAUUUCCUGCUACAAAGGUACACUGCCAGCAGCCAUCGCGGAUUCUCAUUGUGGAUGUCACAUCACCUUCCUGGACCAACACUUGUUCUGUACUCUCUGAAGCUCUGGAGAACACACUCUGUUUGGCAUGCAGUUUGACAGGUCCCUGCCGUGUUCCCCUGCUGAGCCUCUACGUGGUGCAGAACCAGCAGGAGUGUCUGCUUCCCUUUACGCAAGUGAGAGAAAACUUUGCCCGAAUUCAAGCCUGCAUUUCAGAGCUCCGUUCGCUACCAGGAGAAGGCUGUUUCCCACAGGGGGGAAAUGGAGUGGUACAAGCUGUGCAGGAUGGAUUGCAACAGUUCAAACAAUACAGCAGACACACAGCAGCAGGAGGCUCAACAAAUAGUUCUGUUGAGGUCACAAUUUUGACUAGCCAGUCCAACAAAGAAAUGGUAAAUCACUUGGAAAAGAAGUUAAAAGAUGUAGACCUUGUGAGUCUGCGAAGAAUACAAGUCAUUGAGGUUUUAAAGAGAGACUUUCUGGAGCCUGAAGACGUGGAAGAGUGCAUGCCAGCAGAAGAGCCCAGCAGCAGUGACAUUGCAAUCCUGGGAAUGGACAUUGAUGUACAAACCGUAGAGGACAAUGUCAUCAGCUUGGAGAUGCUGUUUAAAACAUGGCUAAAUGACUAUGGCACAGAGAGAGAGCACCUCCACCUCCUCCUUCCAUCAGGAGGCUUCAGCCAUGCUGCUGCACCCAAGACCACCCUAAUGUGCCUGAAGUGCGAUUUGCAGGAGAGAUUGCUCGACCCAGCUCUACUUUCUGGGACGGUUGAUGGCACCAUGAGAGCAGCAGAUUUGAAUUCACCCUGCCAGAUGGCAGCCUGGCCAGCUACAGUGCUGUAUAAACUCCAGGUUGUAAAGGCUCUGAAGUAUGAAGGGGUCUGUGAGUCUGUACUAUACGGCCUGCCCUUCAUCAUCAAGCCCACAAGCUGCUGGCAGCUAGACUGGGAUGAACUGGAGAUAAACCAGCAUAGCUUCCAUGCUCUAUGUCAUAGUCUUCUGAAAAGGAAGUGGAUGCUUUUGGCCAAACGUGAGCCACAAAACAACUGGAACAUCGUGGUGCAUUCCUACUACAUCAUUGUCCCUUCUGACUCUGCCACUCUACUUGUCAAAGCAGUUGCCAUCAGAGAGCUCUUGCUGCCGUCAACCUUCCCACCCCUCCUUGCUGAACAUCCUGAGAGAGUGCAUGGCCCUAUAGAGAGCGCCCUGAACAGCUUGGAAGUGGAAGUUGCUUAUAACCCCUUGCACCUGAAAAGCAACCUCUACAAAUACCUGAAGAGUAUGUUGUACAAACCUCUGCACAGGCAGCAGGCCCAGCCCAGGGACCAGCGACCAGAGCGGCAUCAACCCAAGCAGCAUCAAAGCAGAGCCAAAGCCACAGUGGCGCCCCUUCCGAUGGCUCCUUCUCCUGUCCAAGUGUUCAGACCAGCAGUGGUGAGGAGAGAUCCCUGUGAGCACUCCCUGCUCCCCAAAGAGUACAAUGAGUUUCUGCAGUGAAGCCCAGGGCACUGUUUGAGCUGCUCACGUGCAGUCACAGCUUGGCUUCUUGCUCAGCUGCCAAGCCUUACGCACAGGGCCGGAAGCGGUCAGGCAAGACACUAAGCUUGGCCUUGGUCAGACAGGCACUUCCCAUUGUUUGUUCCUCCUUGUUUUAUGGUUUUGUUAGUCACCAAGUCAGUCUGCAGGAAGCCUGCUACUCUGGGGCCCUCUGUCCAGAGAUUCAGCUAUUCCCCGUAACACCCCGUAUUUUCCAUUCUUGUCAGCACACACCACCAGCAUGCCUCAAAUUUUGGUUUCUGAGACUAGGCUAGUACAGGCCACAAACCACAGAUUACUGUCAGCGAGCGCAGAAAAGCUGCAAGCAGGGUGGUGAGGAAGUCAGGCGGAUAGAUAAAGUAGGCUGUAACGUCAAGCUGCCGUCAUCCUGCCAGGAGCAUGUUCAGCAGGGGGUCUGAAUAUGCAUAAAACAGGGCUUUUGAAUUGAAUCUUAAAGCCCAGAACGCUGCCCUCCUGAGAGCAACACUACCCAUGAUGACGCCGAUUUGCUUGCUUCCAUAAUUGGUCUCGGUCUCACUGUCCAACUCCCCAGCUCAUGAAGGGCUUUGUAGCAAGUGCCAAGCCAGCUGUAAUGCCCUGGCUGGCUCCUACACAGUGACAGCUCACUGCAGCUGGAGCUGCAGCACAGCACCAUUCCCCCAGCCAGCUGCUGCUUGGACACUCUCCUCCUCAUGGCCUGUAUGUGCCUAUGGGGCUGUUCUGGAAGCCAACAUGGCAGGUACUUUUUGGCAGGGUUCAGAAAAUGGGGUUGGCGUUGACCUGGAGCUUUCCAGAGAGCUUCUGCCCAGUCCUUGCACAGAUGCUAGCCUGUUUUUCAGGGCAAACAUAGGACAGCUGCCCCUGGCAGGGCAGGAGCUGAGGGCAGCUGGACUAAGACAAGGUGGGGUGGUCCCACUGGGCUUCCUGGAUGCUGAGCACCACCAGGGCAUUGUGUUCUACUUUGUUCUGACAAGCUGUUUCAAAAUAAAGUUAUCCACCACAAUGCUCACUUACUGCCUGGAGUUUAUAGUGUGUAUUGCACGCAGCAAUCCCAGCACUGACCCAUACUUCCUGAGAAACAGCUGCAGUUGACCAAGGGCACAAUGCAAACACCGUGCUCCUGGGGUGACUGCUACAGCAAGAGAGCAGAGCCAUCAUUGCCAUCUCUUUUCCCUGGGAUCCCAGCUCAGUUACAGGCCCCGCUAGCCACGCAGAGCACAGACCUGCUCUUCCCAUGCCCUGGGAUCACUCCAUGCCUGGCAGGAGGCU